GUUCAGUCUGCCGCCAGCGCGGCCCGAAGCAGUGGUCUGUUACAAAAGUAUAUUACGAUUUGCUGGCGAACACUCAUCCACUGACUAACUCUCCCCCUCACCCUUUCGCCUUGUGGCUCUGGCUGCCCUGCCGCUGUUAGCGCUUUCAUGUUAACGCACACUGUUAGAUGGCGAAUUCGAUGCGAAAGGAUAAAGAUUUGCCGCUGGGGCAGCGAAAAAGAGAGAAAAAACACAGUGGGCAAGUGGUGCACUUUCCAUAGAAGAGUGUUCCAAUGUGCCCAUUGUAAACCAACGAUACUUUCUUACUAUGACUUGUUCCACACAGCUCUGGGCCAAGAAAAGUAACUAGGAGCAAAAGAAGCAGCCCCGCGUGAUGUCAGACGUCAGCCCGCCCACAAAACACACUCGAAAGGAUUGAAAAAUGCAGACAUUUUUGUUUGGUUUUUAGCAACUCUCUUUUUUUUUUUUUGUUAAUGUUUAUUGGUUUCUUUUACGCACCGCUGAAAUGUUAAUAACAGCCCUCGUUACUGUUAAAUGUUCACACUCUCUCUCUCUCAUUUAUUUCUUUGUGGUUUCAAUGAAAGUGAGCUACAAAGCUGCAAAUCGAAAUUCGUAAUGAUUUUGAAUUGAUUGGACUUUUUGGACGAGAAUUAGGAAAGGCGUUUGAUUCUUAGUGGGGUGAACAAAGAAAUAUACAACUGAAUAAAAUAUAUAUGAAAUUUAUGGAAAACGAGUUAUGAAAUGAGAGCGAGAGCUAGAGGAAGUGUGCGAGGGAGAGAGAGAGCAAGUUACAUUAUUUGCUUUGGCAUUUCUUGGUACGUACGAUUCGUACGAUUUUCACUUAAAACUAGACUAGGCGUACAAGAUGUGUUAACUAUAGAUACCACAAAAUACAACUAAAACGAAAUUCGAAGGGGGUAAAGAAAGAAAAAUCAAAAGGUAAAAAGAAUGAAAUGAAAAAAUUAUCACCUUUUUUUGUGUAGUAGGUCGUCGUCUAGCUCUCCCUCCCUCUCACGAUCUCUUUUGUGGCUGUGUUGCUGUCGCUGCCGCUACUCGCUCUCCCGCCUGCUCUCACUCUAUAUCGCUGCUGCGCUGUCUCUCUAUUUAUCUCUCUUUCUAUCCCGUUGCCUUGCAGCGGAGCUCUGCUGCCGUCUCGCUUGCACUUGGGCUCCGCUGCUUUGCUUCAGCCGCUGAAUUCGCAGUUAAGUUUUCGCUGCUCUCUGUGUCUCUUUCUGCUGCUGCUUUUGUGGUUCUUAUGUUUUUGUUUUCGAUUCGGAUUGUAGAAUCUUUUGGAUUUUGCACACUUUUGGUUGAUAUUUCUUUAGGUUUCUCUUUGUUUUUUUUUUUUUUGGCUUGUGAUCUUUUUUAGUUAAAACUCUAAACUGAGACAGGGGAGGAAAACAAUGAGGGUUCGUCUAAAUUUGGAGCAAGCAAGUCACACACAGCCAGGCGCGGCGGCGAAUUCGGGCAUAUCGACUCGAGUUGCGGCGAGAGCGAACGCGGCGAACAACGGACAACACUGUGGCAUUGGCAAUGGCAGCGCUUGUCGCCCGCCUUCACUUCAGUGUGUGAGUCGCGAUAAACGCGAGCGAAACGGGCGGCGCAACUGAAAUCGCGUACCGACUGGCGCAGACACGCACACCACCGCACAACAGCGCGUAUACGUAUACGGGCGAGAGAGCGCAUGCUCUCCGCCACACACACGCGGUCAACGUUUUCUCCGCUUUGUGGCGCCGCGCAAGUUUUGUCGCAGCAGCAAACACGCAAUAAAAGUUCAAAAACAGUUGAAGUAUACCGCGACGCGAGUAAAAAUCUUUCCUUCGACGUCGUCUCUGUUCGUUGUAGUAGUUGUUGUUGCUGCUGUUGUUCUUGUUGCUGCUACUGCCGCUGCUUAACGUUUCUAUAGUGUGUUCCGUUCCGCGAAUUCUCAUGUGCAUUUAUGAAGAUAUACAUAUAUAUAUAUAUACAUAUAUCUGCAUAUAUGACUGACCAAAAGAUUCUCCACCGCUCUGGAUAUGCGAACAAAGUCCUUAGCUGCAGCGACAUUAGUUUAAAUUUCAAGCCGGCUAUCGCAUGGUGAUUCCACCUGCACGUGCAAAGCGCGACUGUGGAUAUCGCAGGACGAGAGUCGCGUCUUCUCCUGCGAGGAGCAACUGCAUCAUAAUCAUAGCCACAGAUUGAAAAGACCGAAAGCAGAUGCAAGCUCAACGACAGGACUAAGAAUCGGAAGCAAAACUUCCCCAAAGCAAUGGCACAAUACACCCGGAAACGCAAAAGAAAGAAAUUUAAAGAGCUGAAAGCCCCGUGGACUUCAUGAACCCAGGUGCAACAAAUAAUUUCAAGGAGAAGAUGUUUUUGUGGUCAAAAACGUGCAGAUGACUUCUAAGAAGUUGGAAAAUCAUGUAUUUACUCGGAAAGAAGCCAGAACUGAAGUAGCAUACUUAUUAGUAUUAUCAAAUGAUGAGUUUUUUCAUCAUAGUUUUAGUUCUAUAUUUAUAGAAAAAAAAAACUUUCCUUGUUACUUUUAGUUUUUUCAUUUGAAAGACUGCCGUUGACUUUUUCAUUUUAUUCGCGUGCAUAUUAAAUAUGUGUGUUAAAUAUACAUAAUAAUAAAUGAUCGCUGUGUUUAUGC